AUGCGCUCAUCCAUCAUCGUCAUCGUGGCUUUUUGUCUACUCCAGAACGCUACGGCGCUGAACCCCCACCCCAAUGUGAGCCUUCAAUCUCUUCGUCCUUUGAAUCAUUUGUGUACAAUUGUUGUUCUCGCUGCCCGCCGGACGGCUCAUGCCAGCCGUCGUGCAGACACGGUUGCUGAUGCUCUUUCAUUCAAGCAUAACCUGUUCACUGCUACGAUCCUGGUGCCUUACCAAACCUAUCAAGCGUCUUCUCGCAACGUAUGA